AUGGCGGAACCUCCCACUCCGGAAAGGCGCCGGGAGUCACGGCGGGGCCUCCACCGGAAAGGGAAGCGCCGGGCCCUUCAAAGACCGCUGGCGUGCGCGAUGGCCGUCCCGUGCACCUUGAUCACCAGCUGCGCGGCGGGCUUCCCCGGGGAGGAGCUGGUGAAACGUAUCACCGGUGAGGAAGAGCUUCCUGAGCACAUUGCCGCGGAGAGCGGAGCCCGGUUUUACCCCUGGACGAUAGACAAUAAAUAUUACUCCGCUGCCGUCCAUCUCUGCGUGGUGGCAAAUGUAUUUCAGGUGACUUCGGAAAUUGCCGAGUCCAUUCAGGCUUUCCUCAUCUGCUUCGACAGCACCACAAUAUCAGGGCUGGAUGCUGUCUCUCAGUGGCUUCCUCUGAUAGAAGACUGGCUACCGGAAGUGAUGAUCUUGGUCUGUGACAGAGUCUCUGAAAAUGGCAUCAGCCGGCAGAAGGCCCAAGAGUGGUGCAUCAAACACGGCUUUGAGUUGGUGGAGCUCAACCCAGAGGAGCUUCCGGAUGAGGACGAUGAUUUUCCAGAAUCCACAGGAGUGAAACGAAUCGUCCAAGCCUUGAAUGCCAACGUCUGGUCAAACGUGGUGAUGAAAAACGAGGCGAGUCACAACUUCGGCCUUUUCCCAGCCUUCACAGGGGCAGGACGCAGGAUUGGGUCAGACAAGAACGAAGCUCCAGAAGCCAACUCUUUGCCGGCAGAGAGGGCCCAGUCUGGGUUGGAUCCGGAAGAAGCUCUGGUCCCUGCGGAGGGAACCCAGGGGGACCCCACUGCUGAUCCAGUGCUGGACACGGACAUUCAAGAGCUCGCCAGCCUCACCGUGGGAGAAGGAGACAUCGAGAACUUUGAGCGACUCUUCUCCAAGUUGAAGGAAAUGAAAGAAAAGGCCGCCAUCCUGCCUCACGAACAACGAAAGCUGCAUGCCGAAAAGGUUGCCAAAGCCUUCUGGAUGGCCAUCAGAGGAGACCAGGAUGAGAUCGAAGGCUUGUCUUCCGACGAGGACAACUAAGGGACGGGGGUUUGCAGAACUGGAACGGGACUCCAGCUCUGCUGCCGCCCUGGUGUUGACAAGGCCUCGUUUUCUCUGCAGCCCUGGCAGAGACUUUGGGGGGGGGCGGGGAGGGUUGUCUCUUGAGACCUAGUUCGUUCUUGUUCUUCCGCACCGGAACGUCAGCUGCCUCCAUGGUCUCCCUGCAGAACGCGGACCUUCGAGCGAACGGAACCCGUUCCCCACUAAAGGAGAACCUGCGACGGUAUCUUGGCAGUGGCUGCUUUG